GUUUUCUAUAUAUAUAUAUAUAAACCAAGUUUUCUAUAAAAAGAAGUGGAUUCAUUCGUUCAUGAAUUCAUAAACCAUAAUAAUAUAGUAUAUAUUUUACACAAAUCCAAGCGAUUCUUAUUCUUAUUUGAGCGAUUCUUUUUUCUCUCUUUUUUUUUUUCGAACGGUGAUUUGGAAUUGUUAUUACCUUCCAAAUUCACCACAGCUCAUAGGAAGGAGAAUAAUGGGUUCUACUAAAAAGAUGGCAAAUAUAGCCAAGGAUUUGACUGCUGGAACGGUGGGAGGGGCUGCGCAGCUGAUCGUUGGCCACCCAUUCGACACCAUUAAGGUCAAACUCCAAAGCCAGCCAGCCCCACUUCCCGGUCAACUCCCCAAGUAUUCCGGCGCCAUUGAUGCAGCAAAACAAACAGUAGCUUCUGAGGGACUUAAAGGCUUAUAUAAAGGUAUGGGAGCCCCACUCGCCACUGUCGCGGCCUUCAAUGCUGUUCUCUUUACUGUCAGGGGACAAAUGGAGGCUUUGCUUAGGUCCGAGCCCGGGGCUCCACUGACUGUGGGUCAGCAGGCCGUGUGUGGUGCUGGUGCCGGAGUCGCUGUUUCUUUUCUGGCGUGUCCUACUGAACUGAUUAAGUGCAGGUUGCAAGCCCAAAGUGCCUUAGCAGAUUCAGCUUCUUCUUCAGGUGCUGUAAAAUACAAAGGACCGAUGGACGUGGCAAGACAUGUUCUUAAAUCAGAAGGCGGUCUUAGAGGCCUGUUCAAAGGCCUGGUCCCGACCUUGGCUCGCGAAGUCCCCGGAAAUGCUGCGGCCUUUGGUGUCUAUCAAGCCUUUAAGCAAUACUUUGCAGGUGGGCCUGAUACAUCCAACUUGGGAAGCGGCUCUCUAUUGGUUGCUGGAGGGCUUGCCGGCGCGUCAUUCUGGCUCGCGGUCUACCCAACCGAUGUUGUGAAGAGUGUGAUUCAGAUCCAUGACUACAGGAAUCCAAAGUACUCCGGAACCAUUGACGCCUUUAAGAAGAUAUAUGGAUCGGAGGGAAUCAAGGGCCUUUACAGGGGCUUUGGACCAGCCAUGGUUCGCAGCGUGCCGGCCAAUGCAGCGUGCUUCUUGGCAUAUGAGGAGACUGUGUUAUUACACAUUAACGCCCAUCAGAGUUCAAACCAAAAGGCAGAACUAAGAUGGCGAAUGAAGAAAUUUUACUAUGAUUCAUCCAGCAGAGAACUACAACAACAUGGCUUAUCUUGUAUCUUUUCUUUCUCAGAAUCUGAAUAAGAUACACAAAGAAUAUUUCGAGUA